AUCCGACAACUCCGUAAGUCAUUCAAGUAUCUGCAGACUGAAUCAAUAGUCGCUCGGACACAGAACCGUGAAUCUUCUCGCAGUCCUACAGUCGCGCGUGCUUCGAACGACUAGACGCACACUUCGUCACGCUGCGACACAGCUCCCUCCAGGUCCCUCUUGCUGCACUCUGUUUAUCUCGGUUCAUGGCAAAUCCUCGUGGUGUUGUCGAGACAGGUGCAGGUUCAUGCCUUCUGAUCAGUGACUCGGGGGUCGUUGGAAGGUUGUAGCUCUUGCUAGGGACACGCGUAAACUUAGCGUAUUUUUCAACCAGGUCUAUCAACUUUGGAUGUCGACAACUGGAUGCCCGGCGCUGGAUGAGAGACUUACCAAGCUGUAGAUCUGAAGGCUUGUUUGGGAGAUCCAUGAAUUGUUUCUGCUGUUUUGUUGGACCUUCAGGUAGUUCACUUUGAGAAAAUGCGCCAAUACCGACACAGCCGCUGCGGAGGGAUUGUUUUGAGCAGUUUCUCGGGGAGACGAGCGUUUGAAGAUUAAUGCUGCGUUCUUCGGGGUCGUAUGGUUUUUUCGGCCCAUUUGUUGUAUGAUGUGAAGUCUACGCUUAAAGGUCUCACGCUGUAGAAAUUCAUGUGCUGGAAGCUACCACUCAAUUCAUCUUCUUCCGCAAAUAGCCGCGAGGGAGGAGUCUUCACGGCUGAUAAACACUUUCUCCAUCGCUCAAGAAACGCUGUAGUUUGUAUUUUAUUCCAUUUUCUCUGAAAGUUUUAGGCCCUAGGAGUCUGAUUGUUUAACGACCUGUACCAAGUAUUGCAUUUGGUGGGUCGUAUUUAUGACGUAACAGAGGCUCCAGUGAUGCUGUCACCGUUGUGCACCGAUGCAGCAAAGGUCAUGUUCUGCUUGAAAGUUAAAUAGGAGGUCGUGGAAAAUGUGGCGAAAUGAGCUGAUGACCUAGCAUUCUCGAAUUCCCCGUUAGACACAGAAUCAAAGUUGAUGGUUAAUGCUUCAGAAUUAGACCCACUGAGUUCAGGCCUUCAGAUAACGCAAUCCGAAAAGUGUCUUGAAGAGUACUUUCACUUUCACACCAUUGAAGUGGGAAAACACUUCACUCUCAUAGUGCUCGAAGAUAUGAGUGUAACCCCCACACGUGUCAGAUGAAGAACGCCGAAGCGAAAUGGGGUGGGAGUUUAGUCAGGUGGUUCAGGGAAUCUCCGCAUCGAAGACCGUUCAAGUUUAUUAGCUCCAGGACAUUCCAGCAUCCACGAAAGAAUUUUGGGAGAAAUGAUUUUGACGACGUUGAGGAUCAAAAGCUCCUCGGCUUCGACAGUUGUGGUUACUUUUUCGAACAGAGGCGACGCAGCCCUGGAAGAUCUAAGGUGGGAUCGAAAGGAUUCCGUCCAGUGUCUUACAAUCCUGUUGUGGCAGUCCUCAUCUUUACAGUCGCAUGGAUUUACUUGUAUAUGGAGUCUCUCAUCGGGGGCGACUUACAAGCAGUUAUUCACAAUCUAGGCUGGAUGGCCGUUACGUUUUUUUCAGGUAUCUUAUGUUUUCUUUGCGCAAUCUACGUCACCAUUUUCGAUCCCAAUAUCCCUGGACGAUUACGUGCUGUCCUCCUAGCCUUACUCCUUACCUCAUUGAACCUUCUGCUCUUUCUGGACCAUGGCGGCAGUCUCAGACACCAUGGCGCAUACAACAUGCUCAUGUUCGCUAUCUUUGUCGUCCCAACGCUCCUCAUUGCCGCUGUUGAAUAUGGUUUCUUGCGCAUCGUAGGGAUCAGGGUCCUUGUUGCAGUGCACAUCCCUUUAUUGAUUUUUGGAAUUACAGCAGCCACAGGGGCUCUCCGGGAUGGUAUUGAAGUUUGGGAUAAAGGGUUUCGCGGUGAGCGCAUGUUGUCUUUCCAAAACCACAAUGUCUGCACGCCGGUGGAUCGUGGAUUGCCGUGGGUGGACAUGUUUCCGGAAGGUUAUCAAAACUUUGGAGCAAGUACUUUCACUUGUGGAGAUUUAGAGAUGGAUGCAAAAGCUGUUGGCUUCUCAGUGAAUUUCAGCAUGGAUGGAGCUCUUACCGCGAGUUGCAACACUGGUAAUCGCAUGACUUACACUCCUCUUCCUUCCACAGUGGACUGGCCUAAGGGUGACAAGCUCGUGGAGGAAACUUACGAAGGGUUACUUGCCCGACCUUUCAACAAAAACGUGAUGGACAAGGUGCGAGAGGCAGGAGAAAUUCCAUAUGAAGCUCAAUCCUCGAUUUAUCUUCCGGAAGAAAUUGAAGCUGUUAUCGUUCGUUGCGGUGGUGUUGAGAAGCUCGUAACGCGAGUUCGUCCAAGUUCUGAAAUCUUGAAACGAACUGCUUCUCAAGCUGAUCAAUUCUCCCCAUCUAAGAAUGAGAAGAAAUUGAACGUUGUCUUUUUAUUUUUAGAUGCCACGAGCCGUCGUGGAUUCCACAGACGACUUCGCCGCACAGUAGCAGCACUUGAGGAAGCCGAUGCAAGAGGCGAUACUCGUCUGUACCAAUUCUUCCGUUAUAGUGUCGUGGAAUUCUGCACUGAGCCAAAUUCCAGAGCUAUGUUCCAGAAUGCUAUCAAACCACACAAAGAGAUCGUCCCACCUGUUUGGGAUGACUACAGGAACUCUGGCUACGUCACCCUCUUCACUGCGGACACAUGCCAGGACUUAGCCGCAGCAUACAUGAACCGCCAGUCGCCUCGUAACACCUCUUCUUUCGAUCAUGAGCUGAUAUCACCUUUUUGUCACUCAGAUUACUUUGCAGAGGAUGCUAAUCCGUUUGGAAACUUCAAAGGGCCAUAUUCAAUAUGUGCUCGAUGUCUCAAGGGGGAGCAAGUGCACGAACACGAGCUCCGUUAUCUGCAGUCUUUCCGCACCGCGUACCCUGACACACCAAAAUUCUCCUUAGCCUGGUUUCUCGAAGGGCACGAAGGCACCACUGAAGUGCUGCGAAACCUGGAUGACGGGCUCGCUGCGUAUGUAGGGAACUUCACAGCACAGGAUUGGAAUAGCACUGCUGUGAUCAUCGCUGCCGAUCAUGGCCUGCACAUGGGGUUAAACUUUGCCAUGUCGCAAAACGGAGCUGUGGAGCACAAGAACCCCUUCAUGGCCAUGAUGCUUCCGCCAUGGUUUACAGAUCGUCACAACAGGAAUGAAAUACUGAGUGCCAAUCAGCAGAAAAUGGUGACUGCGCUAGACAUAUACAAAACGUUGCAAGCCUUACGAAUGGCGGGGCUGAGCGAGGAACAGCGACGACAAUGGGUGGAUCCAGCGAGCGAGUAUCGCUUGCAUAAUGUUAGCAUCGAUUUAUUGCACCAUGAAGUUCCAGAGAGCAGAAGUUGUGAGGAUGCUGGCAUUUCAUCAGACUGGUGUCAGUGUCUUUGAUUGCCUCCAACAAAUACGACAAAUCUGCCCCUUCGUCGAACUGACUCACAUGCAUUGGGAUAGUCGACUAUAGAGUUGGUUCAAACUUCGAAGCGAAGAUCCCCAUCCAGACCACGACUCACACGGAAUGAGGUAGAAUCAUUCACAGCUUCGUCGAGGCACCCAUAAUGACAAGCUUUUUCAAGCAGAACGGCAAUUUUGCGGCAAUUGGUCAUCAGUCAGCUACUUCGUAUCACCAAUGUAAGGUCAACUGGAAGUUAAAUGUGAUCUGUGCAGCCCAAUUGAACACUAAAUAGUGUCGAAGUACUUUCACUGAUGAAAAGGAAGGCAAUUCAGCCUCUUGUACUAGAGGAAAACCAUGGAGAAGACUUUGUGUCCAGGUUCAUAUAUUCAUUGGUUGCUGGUAGGUCCUCGUCGAUCACGUAUGCUGACACCGAUCAUGCUGGAUAUUUUUGAAUCCUGUGGACUUUUAACGCCCUUCAGUGAAGAUUUUUCAGUGUGUGGAAUUGAAGAUUCUUUCGUACUCUGCACUGCAAUCUCCCAUGAUGGGUUAGUGGAAAUCUAGCCCUCUUCCAGAUAACAAAUCUUGUGGUAAAUGCAUUGUCAGGAUAGUAGUCAAUGCUUUGUCAAGUUUUUAGCCGUUUCCUGGUUCAUGGGCUUUUAGUCAGAACAAUUCAACAAAAAAUGCCUUGGAAUGCACAUCAAGAGAGUGCCAUCUAGAAUGAUAAAAUAGCAAUUGUUUAUGCUUUUCUGUGCUCUUAAAGCAAUGUAGCCAUGUGUUUGCUGACUGUACUAAUGAGUUCAUAGUGGAAAUCUUGAGUUGAACAGAGGUCUUAAGUGAAAUAGCCGAUGUUUUGAGUUGCAAAGAAAAUUCUAGUCACUCAGAAGAAGAUACAUUUAUUGUUUCUUUGCUUUAAAUAAGAAUAAGCGGCAGCAUAAAGGCCUUCAUUACAAAGUUGAUAUUUUAAAUUUUAAUAGAAAUUUGGGUUAAAAUGACAAUCUACAUAGUAGAUGUUGGAGUUUGUUCUAGCUUUCAAACCUUAUACUUUUUUGAAUAAAAAUUGAAAUUCGAAGUU